CCGUCCGCCGCCGCCAUGGGGUGCUGGGGGCGCAACCGCGGCCGCCUGCUGUGCAUGCUGCUGCUGACCUUCCUGUUCAUGGUGCUCGAGGUGGUGGUGAGCCGGGUGACCGCGUCGCUCGCCAUGCUGUCCGACUCGUUCCACAUGCUGUCGGACGUGCUGGCGCUGCUGGUGGCGCUGGUGGCCGAGCGCUUCGCCCGGCGGACGCGCUCCACGCAGAAGAACACGUUCGGCUGGAUCCGCGCCGAGGUGAUGGGCGCGCUGGUGAACGCCAUCUUCCUCACCGGGCUCUGCUUCGCCAUCCUCCUCGAGGCCGUCGAGCGCUUCCUCGAGCCGCACGAGAUGCAGCAGCCGCUCGUGGUGCUGGGCGUCGGCCUGGCCGGGCUGCUGGUCAACGUGUUGGGGCUGUGCCUCUUCCACCACCACAGCGGCUUCGGCGGCCACGGCCACGGCCACGGCGCCCCCGGACCCCGCGCGUCCGACGGCCACGCCGCGGGGCCGCCGGGCCGGCCCGACCCCGACCCGGAGGAGACCAACACGCUGGUGCCCGACGGCCGCCGCGCCAACGGGCUGAAGGCCGAGCCCUCAGAUCCAGAAAAGUCCAGAAGCGAGACGGUGGAAGUGCAAGUGAAUGGGAAUCUUCUCAGAGAACCUGACCAUGUGGAAUUGGAAGACGGCGACAAGACUGCACAGCUGAACAUGCGUGGAGUUUUUCUGCAUGUCUUUGGAGAUGCUUUGGGUUCAGUGAUUGUAGUAGUAAAUGCCUUGGUCUUUUACUUUUCUUGGAAAGGUUGCCCUGAAGGGGAGUUCUGUGUGAAUCCGUGUACUCCCGACCCCUGCAAAGCCUUUGUAGAAAUGGUGAAUAGUACUCAGGCGACAGUUCAUGAGGCUGGUCCUUGCUGGGUGCUAUAUUUAGAUCCCACUCUUUGUAUUGUGAUGGUCUGUAUACUGCUUUACACGACUUACCCACUGCUUAAGGAAUCUGCUCUUAUUCUUCUACAAACCGUUCCUAAACAAAUCGACAUCAAACAUUUGAUAAAAGAACUUAGAGAUGUUCAAGGAGUUGAUGAAGUUCAUGAAUUACAUGUUUGGCAACUUGCUGGGAGCAGAAUUAUUGCCACGGCUCACAUCAAAUGUGAAGACCCGACAUCAUACAUGCAGGUGGCCAAGACCAUUAAAGACGUUUUCCAUAAUCACGGGAUCCACGCCACCACCAUUCAGCCUGAAUUCGCCAGUGUCGGCUCCGAGACAGGCGUCCUCCCCUGUGAGCUUGCCUGCAGGACCCAGUGUGCUCUGAAGCAGUGUUGUGGGACGCUGCCGCAGGCCUCUUUGGAGAAGGACGUGGAAAAGGCCCGGGCAAUGAGCAUCUCUUGCUUAGAACGUAGUGACAAUCUCGAGAAGAAGCCCAGGAGGACUAAGGUGGACAACAUCCCUGCUGUGCUGAUCGAGAUUAAAAAAAUGCCAACCAACCAACCUGAAUCUUCUUUGUGAGUCUUGACAAGGAGGUGAUCCUUGACUUGUGCUUUUAACCGCAAGAGGGAAAAGACUCCAUUGAAAUUCUAAGUUUGCCAAGUAAUGUCAUAGAAGUCCUCGCUGGUCAAACAGCUUAAUUCUAUUUUUGUAAGAACAGGAUGGGACUGCUCACAGAGGUCUAUAGUACAACUUUAUGAGUGGAGAGUACAGCUCCGCUGUAACAAUUUUGGAAAGCCAGUUUUGACACUAUGUUACAUUUUUGUUUAAGUAAGUAUAAACUUAUAUAACAUAAUGACAUUUGAUUUCCAGUUUUUCCAUGGUAAAAAAUUAAUUAGGGGGUAAAUAAAAUUGUUACUGGAAUUGCUCUGCUUUUCUUUCCCCCCUUUGUUAAAUUUUGUUUAUUAGGCUUGUAAUUGCUAGAACUUUAAAAAUCGAGUUUGUUUCCUUUUACAUGUUAGGUGAUAUUUACUUGCCCUGUGAGGUCAUUAGUUUGCAUAAAGGCAGCAUAUUUUAAGAGUGACUCAUGGAUAUUAUUAGGAAACGUUUCUUUUUCUUCACCCAGGGUAUUUAUAAUACUGAAGAUCAGUUAUUAUCCUAUAUUCUGUAUUGCUGAGUAUUAUUCUGAGAUAAUUAACAAAUUGAGCUCCAGUUUACACAUAAGAGCAGGGAAGGGAGCCUGCCAAAUUGAUAUUUAGAUUAUUGUAAAAUAAUGUUCAGGCUAUGUUUCUAAAUUGUCUGAGAAUUUGCACUCACGUUUUCUUUUACCAAAGUUAGUCUAAAACCUGGACUUGGCUCGCCAGCGCUGCUUUGCUUUGAAAGUGGCAUUGGAAACGUUGAGCUGAAAGUCAUCUCACAAGACACCUGUGCUCAGUAUCUUUAAGGACAUUACACUUAAUCUAACGAUCACAAGUCAUAUUUCAAAUUGUGGGAGUUUCCACAAACUUCAGAGCUUAAGUGGGUUCAUGGCGUCCCCAUAUGGAUCCCAGCCAAGCCCUCCAAGCCCAGCCAGCCAUGUGUGUGCUCAGCUGGGGGCCAAUGACUUGGGAGAAGAAAGCAAGCUGAAAGUCCUUGCAAUGUGGCUAACGUUCUUAGAAAGCACAAGUAGUUCAGGCAACAUGAAAAUUUAAGUGUCCAUAAGUCAUCCUGUCUCGACAUUGCUCAGACCUUCUGAUUGUGGCUGUUUUUGCCUGGUGCCACAGUAUCUACACAGGAAAUUGUUUCUGGCUGUUUCAUUGUUGCUGUGGAUUUCAAAUACCUGGAUGAAUAUUAUUUAAGGGUAUUUAAGUUAUAUUUUUCUUGAAUAGAGGUUAUGCUUUGUGAAAAAUCUAGAUUUUUGUUCUCCAAAAGAUGAAUGUUAAUAAUAGCAGUUAUCAUGUAUAGCUCUAUUUUUCUAGAAACAAGGUAUCCUGACUACUUCACUAACUUUUCUAGCUGACUACUUUUGGGAUGGCAACAUUUUGGAAUUUGUGAUAAUUCAUUGUUUCGGAUGAAAGUAUUGGCAUUUGACAUUUAACUUUAAUUAAAGGGAUGGUCUUUUCUGGUAGAAGGCGUUUUUUUCUAGUGUGAGCCUGUUGCUGGCAAUGGGCCUAUUUAAGAACAGCGGCUUUUUCCAAUUAGAAUGAGGUAACUUGAGGAACAUAGUUUGUGAGUUCACAAUUACUGUAAUGGGCCAAAACCAUAACCUGCCAAUUUGCAACACAUCUUGAUCUUUUCAUACUGGUCUCUGAUGAUGUUCAAUUCUUACACUAUUAGUAACUUUGAAUUUUGCGGCAAAAAAAAAAGCAUGAAAUUGGGGGAUCUCACACAGGUUGGGUGAAAAAGAGAGAAAGCUUUGAAUUGUACUGUAUCAUGUACAUUCCUGAUUUAACAUUCAAAACAUGGAAACAUUUACUUAAAAUCUCUAAACAGUUUGUUAGUAGAAAUAUUUCAGUGAUGAUCCAUGAGGAUAACUGGGGAAAAAUACUGCAGUCAGUGGCAUUUCCUUUACAAAUGCUCUCAAGUCUAUUUCUUACAGUUUCUUGCAGCAACUGAAUGAGGAUUUUUUUUUAAAUGGUGUAUAAGCAUGGGACAAGGGCUAUUGUUUUUUCAAAAGUGCUUCGAGGCAACAGCCUUUAUAUUUUAGUUAUUUCACUUUGCACCACUUUUAAGUAGCUGAUGUGUAACAAAGGGGUACCUAGGAUUCUCUUUUCAAAGAACUUUGUCAUAACAGCAAAAUCUGGGCACUGACUCACCUUUUGAGUUUAAGCAGAGAAUUAUUUAUUUCUUUAUAAUGCACUUUCUAACCCAUUAUUAGCUAUAUUAGCAUUAUCUUUUUUAAAAUGCUUUUAUAUUUAAAUAUUGUGGGAUUUAAGUAUCUUUUCCAAAAUCAUUUAUUCCUUCCUGAGAGAAAGUAAGGGACAUACUCUGAAUUCUGAAGAGACUUAAACCCAGUAUUUAAAUAUGCUGUUUUAUAACACUGCGUCAGUUUUAGGAGGUCCAUCGCUCCUACCGGCUCUUUUAUAUUUGAGCAAGAUCAGUGUCUUUAGAAUACGUGUUUAGAAACUUGUUUGUCGUCCAGUUUAGUGAGAAGGUGCUGCAUGUGCCUGAAUUAAAACCACCCAGAAAUUUUUCCAAACCAAAUGCAGCCUUAGUGAUGAGAGAGAUUUAAUUCUCCAUUGUCACCUUUUCACUUCUGUGAUUGUUUGUUUAGGUUUUUGUGGAGGGGCAUCUGCAUUGUGGGGACAAGAACCUAAAAUAGAUCAAAGUCACGGCAGCUUUGCCGUGUGUGUUGUCAUGCUGUAGACAACAUGAUAGGAGAGCUAAGGUCUAUGUUGGGAGAGGAAGAAUUUCCACCAAGAGCACCCUGAAGGUCACAGUAGGUAGAAGAUCGUGUUAACAUGUUUGUAUCUUGCUAACAUUCUCAGUUAACUUUAAAAGUCAAGGGAAGAGGCCUAUGGAACCAAAUGUGAAGUGUCUAGUAGGCGCACUGGCAUUGAGUUGAAUAAUUUGACUGUUUAUAAGGAGAUAACAUUUGAAUGAUAUUAAUGUCAUUUACCUGCUGUCUUAAGAUGUUCAUGCAUACACAUAUAUGGAGAAUAAUCCUACAGUAUAGAAAUAUUUAUUUUAAUAAGCGUUUCAGUUAAGUCAUAAAACAGUGUUAAAACUCCUGGGAAGGUGGAGGGUUUUGUUGUGUUUUGUUUUUUAAAUUGAAACCUUGAGAUCCAGUGUUGGGCCAUGGGGCCUGGGAACGGUAACCAUGCUCUGGCUGGCGCCCUGUGGCGGGGCACUCGUUACCAGCGAGCUCUGGGGGAGCAGUCAUUUCACUGGCACUAGAACCUUUUUUAUGUCACUCAGUUUAAACUUUUAAACCAAAAAUUGUAUGGUCCAGCGUCUUUGGUGAAGAGAUGCUGAAGGGCAUGUAACAUACAAGUAACCCGUGUUAUAUGCAAGACACAAGUUGCCCUGUGUGGUUCUGCCUCAACAGCACAGUGUGGUAUAGCACUGGGCCCUGGGACCCUACGAAGCUCCCUCUCAUGUUGCCGGGUGCCUGCAGCGCCUGCCUACCCAGCCAGCUGUGGCGCGUUCCAUGCAGUUAUCAUCUCAUGAAAUGCAGAUGCAGGUAAAUCGUCUAGUGCUGCAACAUUUUACCUAACUUUUUGUACGUUUGAUGACUGUACUGUGUUUUCCAAAGCUGUUCCUACCUCACCAUGAGGCUUUACGGAUUGUUAUGUAUUAUAAAUGUUCUUUAUGAGACAGACUACUGUGUUUCUUCUCAUUUAUUAAAAGUUAAGUAGCAAAAUAAACUAAUUUUAAUGUUGUCUGUGCGUACGACCUGCCCCCUG